AUGGAGGUCGCUCGUACCUCCAUGAUCCAUGCGGCUGCCCCCCAUUUUCUGUGGCUGUUUGCGGUCCGGUACGCCGCGCAUCAGCUCAACCUCUGGCCCCGUGUCUCCUUGCCGGAGACCUCGCCCACACUGCUGUGGACGGGGGAGGUUGGCGAUGCGUCGCGCUUCCGAGUCUGGGGUGCUCGUGCCUUUGUCCGCGAUACCACCGCGGACAAGCUCUCCGCUCGCGCCAUUCCCUGCGUCUUCCUUGGUUUUCCUCCUGACGCGCCUGGCUGGCAGUUUUACGACCCCGCUUCGCGCCGUGUCUUUGCGUCUCAGGACGUCACCUUCGACGAGUCGGUCCCCUUUUACCGUCUCUUUCCCUACCGCACUGCCGCUCGCCCCCCCCCCCCUCCGCUCUUUCUCGCUCCAGGUCCUCCCCAGGUAGACCCCCUCCCCGCGCCAGGUCCUGCUCCUUCAGGUGUUUCUCAGGUAGACCCUCCUGUGCCUGAGCCUGUUGAGGUCACUGGUGACUCAGGUCCUGCUGGGGGUGGUCCUGCUCGGGGUGCUGUCUCUGGGGGUGCUGAGCCUGGGGGUGCUGCGUCUGGGGGUGCUGAGCCUGAGCGUGCGGAGCCUAGGGGUGCUGAGCCUGGGGGUGCUGAGUCUGGGGGUGUUGAGGUUGAGCGUGUGGGACCUGGGGGUGCUGGGCCUGGAGGUGCUGAGCCUGAGCGUGAGGAGACUGGAGGUACUACGUCUGGGGGUGCUGCGUCUGGGGGUGCUGAGUCUGGGGGUGCGGCGCCUGAGGGUACUGAGACUGCUUGUGCGCGGUCUCCUUGGAGUGGCCGCCUUCAUCCGCGUGCGCCUCUCUCCCCACAGCAGCUGCACGAGUGGUACGCUCGCCGUCAGGGUCGCGCUGCUGGAGCUCGGGGCUCUGCUGCUGGAGGCGCUUCUGCUGACGUCCCUGGAGCUGGGGGUGCCGGUUCAGAGGGUACUGGGGCUGGUGCGAGAGGUGCCGACGACGCUGGAGCCGCUGGGCCUGAGGACGCUGGAGCUGGUGGUACUGCUGACCCUGCCGCAGGAGGUGCUGUUGGAGCUGCUGACACUGGAGCUGGGAGUCCAGCGGGUACUUUGUCUGCUGGAGGUGCUGGAGCCGCUAGACCCGGAGGUGCUCGUACUGGAGGUACUAGAGCUGCUGGGGCUGGAGGUGCUGCGUCUGGGGGUGCUACUGCUGGAGACCCUGGGACUGGAGGUGCCGGUUCUGGGGGUGCUGCUGCUGGAGACACUGGGACUGGAGUUGCCGGUUCUGGGGGUGCUGCUGCUGGUGACGCUGGUACUGGCGGUGCUGGCGCUGGAGGUUCCGUGGCUGCUGGUGGUGCUGGCGCUCGAGGAGCUGGAGCUGGAGGGUCUGGAGCUGCUGGAGGUUCUGGAGCUGCUGGAGGCACUGACGCUACUGGUGCUGGUGGCACUACUGCGCAGCGACUGUUCUUCUCUCUGCCGUCGCCGCCGUCCUUCCAGGCUCCCCCCUGCCAGGCUCCCUCUCCUUACACUGAGCAGACAGGAGGUCUUACUGAGCGUCGCGAGCCUGCGUCCCGUCCUGUCUCGCCUAUUUGCACUGGUCGCACUGGUUGUGUUAGUCGUGAGCGUCCUCCUCCUGUCCCUGGCACGCACAUUAUGGCACUUCGUCCUUCCUCUGUUCCACAGCGUGUUCCUCUGCCGUCUCCUCCUGCGUCUUCUUUGCCUGACGUUCUGGACCCUGAGUCUGACCGGUUUCGUGCUGAGCACCCUACUGUCACGCGUCUGCUAGCCACUCUUCUCACUGACCCGUCGUUUGAGUCUGCUGCUGCGUCUGCCUUAGUCGCUGAGCUUGUUGACUUUGUUGCUGCCUGUCGUCUAGACUACGCUGCUAGCCUUGUUGCUGAGUCUGCGUCUGUCUGUCCUCCGUCCGUCGGGGGUGAGUGUGCUCUUGGCACGGACGUCCUUGAGGACAGGCACGAGGACCUUGAGUGUCUUGCAGCCGCUGCGCCUCAUCUCGUGGCCAUGUUGCUUGCCCCUGAGGGUGAACAUCGUCGAUGGCAUGUGGAUUUUCAGGGUGAAGCGCCCGCCGGGUUCUCCGCCUGUCUUCAAGGCUCGCUACGUUGCUCGAGGCUUCAGUCAGCGAGAGGGAGUUGA